GUGCUACACAACGAACAACACGCAAAGUACGAACACAUUCAUCCAUCACUAUAUCUUUCCUUUCAGUUUUGAGUUUUUAAUAUACUCUUUGUUUCCCUUGAAUUGAGAAAGAAUUAGUAAAAUAAAAAGUCAGGCGAAUUUGUUAUGUGAUAGAUGGUUUUUGUAAUUGUAGUAAUGAGUGUGUUGAAAUAUAUAGUGAUAUAUCCGUAUUGUUUUGCUUCUACUGAUUCGUUUAUGGAUCACUGUUUAUGAUAAGUUUAUAGGUAUUUCUAUAAAUGUUUGUGAUUGUGUAUUACAUACCUUGAUAAUGGUUCGUUAACGUUAAUGUGGUAUGGCACUUGUUACAAUUCGACGAUCUCCAAGUGUGCAAACACCAAGAAAAACGGAUGAAGAAGAGAAACCUAACACUGAGGAUGAUGUUGGCAAUUGUGUCAGCAAAAGCCUCAAUGAGUGCUACUUCGCCAAUAAAGGUUCAGCAGUGGUGUUGGGCGGUCCAGAGCGCGGCUGUGCGGAAAAGUGGCGAUCGCCUGCCCGCACACAUCCCCAGUGCGAUAUACAAUAUCACCUUCAAUCCAUGUUUUAUUUAUUGCGCCCUGAGGAGACUCUCAAAAUGGCGGUGAAACUGGAAAGUGCGCACGUGGGUCGUACCAGAUAUUUGGUGGUAGUUUGUCGCAACGAGGAGGCUGCGUUGCUUGGCAUCGACUGUAACGAGCGCACGACUGUUGGGCUCGUGCUGCGGGUCCUAGCCGAUACAUCUAUCAAGUUAGAUGGCGAUGGGGGCUUUAGCGUUUGUGUGUGUAAUCAACAACACAUAUUCAAGCCGGUGUCAGUGCAGGCCAUGUGGUCUGCGUUACAAACACUUCACCGUGCAAGCGCGCGAGCCCGACACCUAAACCAUUUUGCCGGCGGAACAUCGCACUCUUGGUGCGCAUAUUACGAAAGGCACGUGGACUCGGACCGCUCUUGCCUCAAUGAGUGGCAUGCGAUGGACAACAUUGAGUCUCGCCGGCCACCAUCUCCAGAUUCUGUUAGACUUAAACCACGCGAAAGAGAUGAAACAGAGCGCGUAAUACGAUGUACAUUGAAAGAAAUAAUGAUGAGUGUGGACUUAGACGAGGUUACGAGUAAAGCUAUCAGAGGCCGGCUCGAAGACGAACUGGACAUGGAUCUGACGGAGUAUAAGUCGUUCAUUGACCAUGAGAUGCUAACAAUACUCGGUCAGAUGGACUCGCCCACUGAGAUCUUCGACCAUGUCUACCUGGGCUCCGAGUGGAACGCGAGUAACCUUGAAGAACUACAGCGCAAUGGGGUGAGGCACAUUUUAAAUGUAACAAGAGAAAUCGAUAAUUUCUUCCCUGGCAUGUUUGAUUACCUCAAUAUAAGAGUGUAUGACGACGAGAAGACUGAUUUAUUAAAACAUUGGGACAACACUUUUAAAUAUAUUAAUAAAGCCAGAAAUGAAGGAUCGAAAGUCCUUGUUCAUUGUAAAAUGGGGAUCAGCAGAUCGGCAUCCGUUGUGAUUGCUUACGCCAUGAAGGCUUUUAACUGGAAUUUUGAUAAGGCACUUAAACAUGUUAAAACAAAGAGAAGUUGCAUUAAACCUAAUACGAAUUUUUUAAACCAAUUAGAGACGUACCAGGGUAUAUUGGAUGCGAUGAAAAACAAGGAAAAAUUACAGAGAUCUAAAUCAGAGACGAACCUAAAAUCCCCAAAAAUUGCAUCCAAAAUUGAAAAUAAGACAAUGGAUCCCACACCUCUAAUCUUAGCACUAACUGGUUCGUAUACAGGCCGACCUAGAUCCUGGUCUCCCGAUACGAAACUAGCAUCACAACUACUACCUACCCUCCCACCGACUUCUGUAUCUUUGGAAAAUUUGGCUUCAGAAACUCGUCAUAUGUUAAUGCCUUGCGCUAAUGGUAGUUACAGCGUCUCACCAAAUCAAAUUAUACGGCUCAAAGAGGAAGGGGCCCCAUCUGUUAAACAUAUUGUAAAUGAAAUAGAAAAUGCUGCUUCAGGCGAUCGAAAAGAUUUAAAUAAGAAAUAUCAGAGACUAGUUUUUAGUAAUCAAAACGAGAUAAUUAAUAACCGACCACAGACUGAUGUCUCAGGAUCGUCAGCGGUUCAAGUCGUAGAAGCUACUAUGAAAUCGCAAGUUUCACCUUUACGGAAUUUAAGUCACAAAUAUCCGCUUUCUAAUUUCGAAGCAGACAAAAUUCACACGUGGGAUCCCGGGGAAAUUCAGUGGUCCAGAGCAGAGGAUAAUCGAAAUUCUAGCGACAAUGACAAUAUAGUGAAAAGUGACAGUGGUAUUAUAGAUAUAAAAAGUAAUAAAGUAACUACAAAUGACGCUUUCACAAAUUCUGUAGAUCGUAAUUUAGAUUGUGAUGUUAAAGUGCCUGUUGACGACGAUGGACGUGCAUCAAGUAGACAAAGUUCUUGGAGUUCGUUCGACAGCGCCGUUGUCCUUGAUAUUUCGCGUCAUUCGUCAUGGGGCUCUUAUGAUACUAGAGCUACAAAGACACAAGUUGUCAGUCGGGAAGAAUCCACCAAAAGAAUCAAAGAACGAUCCGAGGACCGCAGUGUAAGAAAAGACGAUACUGAGAGAACUGUCGAAGCAAUCGCUGUUCAACAAAAGCAAGCAUCCGAUCUCAGCAUAAUAUGCGAACAUACAGAAACACGAAGUUCUACAAGGAACACAACUCAACGGUCAACUGGAACGAUAUCUGAUAAUGAAAGAAAAUUUAAUGAGACGUGUGCCAUACUCACAGAGCUUGCCACAGCAGCUGCACGAAUGGAGAAGGUACGGGACCGAGGCGCUUCAACGUGGAAUGGCCGAUUGUCUGCAUCUGCCCCCGAAGAGACGUGGCUUCGUGCCGGACUGCGUCGUCGUCGUACUACUUGUGCGUCCCACGGGGAUCUACCUCGCGCCACACCUCUAGUGCCCAAUGCGCCAAUAUCUUCUGCUGCAGGUCUAGUAAGCAAUCUUAAAAAAGAGUUCGAAGCGCGUUCAGAAAUUGAUUCGCUACGUCAUUUCGAAUCGCGAAGUCGGGCGUCCGCUAUGGAUGUAAGAGAUCGGACACCAACAUCGCCACCCUCGGUAGAAGACAUCUCUGUCAAAGUACUCGUUGACAGAUAUGAUCGAUCCGGUCGGUCAACGUGUGAAUCUAGUUGUGAACAAGCUAGGACAAAGGUUUCACAUGAGUCAGUUUCAAAGAAAAGCAAGUUAACAACCGAUGACGAUGGGAGAGCUCGGACGCGAAGCGGAGUGAUGGCGCUACGGAACUCAUUUUGUGGCGCCAUCCGUGGUGUAGGUAGUGGGGAACGGCCGCCGCUGGCGCCCAGCGUAGUGUCACUAGCGCCGAUUGACUAUAACGAUGUAGUAGUGUCAACUGUGAUGUCGAAAGCUCAAAAUAAAAACAGUUACAACAUGGCAAGACCCAUCCGUUGACGAGGCUCAACUUAAAUCGGUCAAAUAAUAGAUGUUCAAAUGCUGUAUAUAAUACUAUGUAGAAGUAUUUAUGAUUUUUUUUAUUUAUUGUGAAUUCUUGCCAAACUCGAAAUUUUAUCUUUCUAGAGUUUUAUAUAUUGUUUUAUAUUUACAAAAUGAAAUUGAAGUGUAUUUGUCUAUUGAGUAAAAAUGUAACACAAAGUGCUGUUUGCGAAUACAGAAAUGUCAAAAAUGAGAAUUCCAAUACAAAACAUGUACAACAUUUA